UUGUCCACAAGCAACACGGUGAACGUGUGGAACGAGAAAGGGAUGUGAAUAAUCAUUUUAAACCUUGUUUUAAAUAAGAAUCCGAUAUAAAUUAUUUUUGCCAAGGUAUAUAUCUCAAUUUGAAGCCGAGUAGUUAUUCAAAUCGGCCACAAAGAUGUCGAAAUCUGCCAUACUAACCAUCCAUCAAGUAUUGAGGAGAUGCUUCCAGAGUCUGGAAAGCAACCAAAAACUGUGGAUGAGCUUGGUAGCAGAAUGCAUCCCUCUCAUGGCAUCCCUGGAGAACUUAGCGGAGCAGUCGAGGGCGCUUUCCAACGUCCAGCUUUCCAACACGCCGCUGAAGGACUUUCCUCAGUUGGAGGAACUGCUGCGUUUCAAGCUCUCGCAAGCCAUGGAUACUGUGUUGUGCAAACUCCAUGAACAUUUGGCCUCGCUUCAGUCUCUAAGAGAUUCUGUGACUCACCAGGUCUCAAAUGUUGUCCAGUUGUAUGAGCAGAACACUGAUAGUCUGGAUUUGGUCAGUGUAACAGAACGCUCAGCCACCGCCCCAUCAGUUGCCGACAUGCUGGAGUGGCUCCAUAAUGCCGAGCGUCACUAUCAACGACAAUUCAUGAGGAGAAAGAUUCUGCUGCACACGCUCAGUUUGGGCAACCUCAACAUUUUGGUAUCUGCUACCAAGAGAUGGAAAGACUUGGAGACUCCCAGUGCAGAGGAUCAAAUCGCAGAUACACUUUGCAAAGUGUCCUUCUUUGUGGAGUGUGGAUAAGUGGAGAAAGAAAGACAAGUCCAAUGCUUGCACUCUGACAGGAUUGUAAUGGAAUGAUUGAGAGUGUCAAUGGAACUAUACAUAUUUGUAGCUUAAUCAUUAAUCAUUUUUGAAAAAUAAACACAGCUUCAUUACCA